AUGGGGACCCCGGCUCUGAGCCUCCUCAGCGCGCUGCUGCUGCUGCUGGGCCCACGCCUGGGCCAGGCUGGGCCCAUGUACUUCCUGGCGGCCCCCAACAUCCUGCGCGUGGGGAACGAGGAGAACGUGGUGCUCCAGGCCCAGGCCCAGGAUGGGAACCUCUCGCAGGACGUCCGCGUGCAGAUUCGGCUCUUCGACUUCCCGAAGAGAGCGACGAUGCUGCAAGAAAAAGUCGUCUGGCUGAGCCUGGCCAACGACUUCCUGGCCAUGACCACGGUGCAGGUCCCAGAGCAGUACGUCUCCGAGGGCACCGAGAAGCAGUAUGUGGUGGUCCAGGCCACGUUCGGAGACGUCCGCUUGGAGAAAUACAUCCUGAUUUCCCCACACACCGGCUACACCAUUGUCCAGACCGACAAGCCCAUCUACACCCCCGGCCAGAAUGUGAACUACAGGGUCUUCGCCGUCAACCACCGGAUGGACCCACUGGAGGCUAACUGCAUCGUUGUCAUCCAGAGUCCCGAGGGCAUCACAGUCAGCAGCACCACCCGGAAACUGGACAAGGGCCUGUACGCCGGCACCUUCCGCAUCCCUGAGCACGUCAGCCUGGGCUCCUGGCGGAUUGUGACGCGGUUCCAGAGCAGCCCCCGGCAGCCGCAGAGCGCCGAGUUCGAGGUGAAGGAGUACGAGCUGCCCAGCUUCGACGUGCUGCUCACACCCAACAAGAAGUUCUUCUACCUCAGCGACGACAGCCUGACCGUGACCAUCAAAGCCAGGUUCGUGUUCAAUGAGCCUGUGGACGGCUACGCCCUGGCGAUCUUCGGGGUCAAGACAGAGACUCAGAAAAUCCCCCUCCAGAGCUCCCUGCAGAGAGUUGAGAUAAAUGACGGCGAAGGCCACGCGACGCUGACGGGGCAGGCGCUCAGGGAAAGCUUUGCCACGCCAGAGGAGCUGCUCGACGCCUUCAUCUUCGUUAACGUCACCGUCUUCUCCUCCGGCGGAGACAUGAUGCAGGCCGAGAACUCGGAGGUCAAGAUUGUCAGCACCCCCUACAGGAUCCGGUUCGUCAGGACACCUGGGUUCUUCAAGCCGGGGAUGCCCUUUAACUUCAGGGUUUACGUCACCAACCCGGACGGGUCGCCGGCUGCCGACGUCCCUGUUUGUAGCGGGGACCAGAAGCGCACGACCAAGGAGGGCCUGGCCUCCAUGGUCCUCAACACCCAACAGAGCGCUAAACGCCUGGAGGUCCAGGUGGCGACGUGCGGCCCUCUGGAACCGCCAGCCCAGCAGGCCAACGCCACAAAAACCAUCCUGGCCUAUGAGACGCCGAAGGGCUCUGGGCACCUCCUGCACAUUGGGGUGGAGACGGAGGAGGCUCAAGUGGGGACCUCGCUGAGCGUCUUCUUCUACACGGAGCACCAGAGCUCCGACACCAAGCAGUUCACCAUCCUGCUGCUGAGCAAAGGCAGGAUUGUCCGGGCCUGGGCCCAGCCCCGCAGCCUGGGCACCGUCAUGACGGCCUGGACGCUGGACGUGGGGCCCGAGCUGCUGCCCUCAUUCCGCAUCGUGGCCUAUUACUACCUGCCGGGCAGCGCGGAGCUGGUGGCCGACUCGGUGUGGGUGGAUGUGGCAGACGGCUGCAUGGGCACCCUGCGCGUCGGCCCCCAGAGCAAGGACGACGAGAGGAAGCUGUUCAAGCCCCAGCGGGAACUCAAACUGGAGGUGACCGGGGACCUCCACGCCAUGGUGGGGCUGGUGGCCAUGGACAAGGCCCUGUUCGCGCUCAACAAGAAAAACAAACUGACGCAGAAGAAGGUCUGGGACAUGGUGGAGGGACACGACAUUGCCUGCACAGCGGGCAGUGGGCAGAACCUCGUGGGGGUGUUCACAGACGCGGGGCUGGACGUGGCCACCAGUCUGGGGAUCUCCACCAAAGCAAGGACAGAUCUGCGCUGCCCCCAGCCGGCUGCCAGGCGCCGGCGCCAGUCCCUGCAGACGCUACAGAAGAAGCAGCACAAAGUGGACCAGUACCAGACGGCCCUGGAGAGACAGUGCUGCGAGGCCGGGAUCCAGGAGAACCCCAUGGGGCACUCGUGCGAGCAGAGGACGAGCCGCGUGCACCUGGGCCCCCCCUGCGUGGCCGCCUUCCUGGACUGCUGCCGCUACGCCCAGGCACUGAGCCGCGAGGAGCGCACCAAGCUGCUGCUGGGGAAAACCAACGAGGACGAGGAGUGCGAGGACGAGGACUGCGGUGGCACCGCCGUGGUGAGAAGCCACUUCCCGGAGAGCUGGCUGUGGGAGAAGUUCAACCUGACCGAGGCAGACUUGCGCCAGCCGGGCCUCGCCAAACACCUGGUCACCAAAUACCUCCCCGAUUCCAUCACCACCUGGCACAUCCUGGCCGUCAGCCUGAGGAAAGACAAAGGGCUCUGUGUCUCCGAGCCCUACGAGGUGGUGGUGAAGGUCCCGUUCUUCGUCGAUCUGCGGCUGCCCUACUCCGUGGUGCGGAACGAGCAGGUGGAGCUGCGGGCCGUGGUGUACAACUACCACGAGGACGAUGAAGAGCUGCAGGUGCAGGUCGAGUUCCCGUACCAGGAGCAGCUCUGCAGCCCGGCCCGGCAGGAGAAGAGCUUUCGGCAGAGGCUGCGGGUGCCCCGGGGCUCGUCCCGGGCCGUGCGUGUCGUCGUGGUGCCCCUGGAGCUGGGCCCCGUCAUGGUGGAGGUUCGGGCCUUGGCCCAGGGCCUGGGCUUCCGCGACAUCGUCAGGAGGAUGCUCAACGUCCAGGCGGGGGGUGAAAUCCAGCGGCUCUCGCGGAGCAUCGUCCUGAACCCCAAAGGUCAACUGCAGCAGGAGCUGGUCAGAAGCCAACACCUCGAAAACCUGGUGCCCGACACAGACGCCGAGGUCUUCAUUAGCGUGCAAGGCGACCUGCUCGGCGAGACGCUGGUGGGGGGGCUGCAGAGCUCCACGCUGCAGAAGCUGAUCAGGCUGCCGGGGGGGUGCGUGGAGCAGAACAUCUUCAGCGUCACCCCGAACAUCAUCCUCACCCACUACCUGGACACCACCAAGCAGUGGGACCAGAUCGGGGUGGAGCUCCGGGAUCAGUCCAUCCAGAACAUCGUCCACGGCUACACCCGCCAGCGGACUUACAGAGAGCGUGAUGGUUCCUACAAGCCCUAUCGGGGAAGCACCGGCAGCAGCUGGCUGACCGCCUACAUCCUCAAGGUGUUUGCCAUGGCCUUGCCGCUGGGCACCCACAUCGACCCCAGCGAGCUGUGUGCCAGCGCCCGGUGGCUGAUCGGCCAGAGGCAGGAAGCGUCUGGGUGUUUCCGCGAGGACGCUGCGAUUUAUACGCCCGCGAUGCAGGGGGGGUACCACGGCUCCAACGCCGACGCCUCCCUCACAGCCUUCGUCCUCGUGGCGCUGAAGGAGGCCGAGUCCAUCUGCAGUAACCAUGUGAAGGAGCUGCCCAGCGGCCUGCGGAAAGCCCAGGGCUACCUGGAGAGCCGCCUCUGGAGCCUGCAGAACCCCUACAGUGUGGCCAUCAGCUCCUAUGCCCUGGCCCUGGUGAACAGCCCCCUGGCCAACGCCGUCCUGGACAACUUCGCUGCCCGCAACGGGACACACUGGCCCGUGGACCAGCACACGGACCGCUCUCUGUACACCAUCGAAGCCACGGCCUACGGCCUCCUGCAGAAGCUGACCCUCGGGCGCUUUGAGGAGACCCACCCCAUCGUGCGGUGGCUGGUCGAGAGUAGGGGGUUCGGUGGGGGCUAUGAGAGCACCCAGACCACCGUGAUCGGCAUGCAGGCCCUGGCGCAGUACCGGGUCGCCGUCCGCCCCGAGAAGGUCGUCGACCUGAAGGUGCAGGUCAGCGUGCCCACGCGCAACCUGGCCGAGCUCUGGGACAUCAACAACAGCAACGCCUACCUGCAGCGCUCCAACUCCAAAAAGUUCUACGCCCAGGAAGCUUUGAACAUCACCGCCCGCGGGACGGGCACCGGCACGGUGACACUCCUGACCGUGUACCACACGCUGCCGCCGGCCCGCGAACGCGAAUGCCAGGCCUUCUGGCUGGCGGUGACCGUGGAGGACGUCCCCGAAGACAAGAAGAAGCACGAAUACAUCGACACCUUCCGGCUCCGGCUCCAGGCCAGGUCCCUGGGGCUGCGGGACGCCACAAUGACCAUCAUCGACGUCUCCCUGCUGACGGGCUUCGAGCCCGACCUGGGCGAUCUCAAGCAGCUCACUAACAGUGUGGAGCAGUACAUCUUCCUCUUCGAGAGCAAGGCCACCACCAGCAACAACUCCGUCGUCCUCUACUUCAACCAGAUUUCCAAUCAGACGGACACGGAAGUCGGGUUCCGGAUUCACCAGCGUCUGGAGCUGGGGAUGCUGCAGCCGGCCGUGGUCACCAUCUAUGAGUAUUACGAGCCUGCCCGGCGAUGCAGCCGCUUCUACAACAUGCGGAACGAGAGCGGGCUGCUGCGGAAGAUCUGCCAGGAGGAGGUCUGCAAAUGCGCCGAAGACAAUUGCCUUCGGAUGACCCCUCCCCACAGCCUGAGUGAGGACCAUCUCUACGACAAGGCCUGCGACACGGGCGUGGACUACGUCUACAAGGUGCAGCUGGAGCAGCGGGAGCCGCACAACAGCACCGUCUAUUACAGCAUGAAGGUCCUGGCCGUCAUCAAGUCUGGCACAGACGCGGAGGCGAACGGGAAAGUGAGAAGGUUUGUCUCCCACGCCACCUGCGAGGGUGCAUUGGGCCUGCGGGAGCAGGGGCAGUACCUGGUCAUGGGCCGGACGUGGGAUCUCUGGCAGUCCAAAGACAGCUACACCUACGUGUUGGGCAAGGCGAGCUUCAUCGUGCCCUGGCCGAGACCGGAGGAAGCCGUAACCGACAGGAGAACAAAAACGUUUCUGCAAACUCUGGACAACUUCGCCCAGUUUAUGGGCUGUGACACCUAG